CCGUAAACACACCGGCGACUCUGCUGCAUUCAAUUCCUGUGGGAAAUAUGCCAAUUCUUUUUUAGACUUUGCUAUUUCCUCUCCCUUCCUGACACAAAUGGUUUAAACUGUGGCUAAGUCAAGGCGCGUAGGUGUUAAAAGCGGAGGCGUAAGUGUUAAAAAGAUUUAAAAGCAGUGCACUGUUUUGUGAACAUGUCUGGUGAAGAUCUGUUCAGCACUAGGACCCCGCAGCCGUGACAGCUGAAGAGAAGGCCAGUUAUAUGCGACGCAGCCUCGAUGACCCGCAGAUUUUUCAGCUUGUUGCGAAAACGGAUGUGCGUGCUGUAACAGGCCCAUGUCUGAAAAUCCAGACAGGCUGUCACAUUUCAACAAAGCUACAGUCGAGUACGUCUGCUAAGUCAAAACAGCGGCGGCAGAGCAAGAUGGAGUGUCAGUGGAAGCCAGACGAACAAGGACUUCAACAAAUUUUACAGCUGCUGAAAGAGUCUCAGUCGCCAGAUACGUCCACACAGAGAUCCGUCCAACAAAGACUUGAGCAGCUGAACCAGUAUCCAGACUUCAAUAACUACUUGAUAUUUGUUUUGACAAAGUUAAAAUCAGAAGACGAACCAACACGGUCUCUGAGUGGCCUGAUACUGAAGAACAAUGUGAAAGCCCACUAUCAGAACUUCCCUAAUGGUGUGUCUGAUUUCAUCAAGAACGAGUGUCUCCAAAGCAUUGGAGACUCUUCUCCCCUCAUCCGGGCCACUGUGGGUAUCCUCAUCACCACGAUUGCCUCCAAGGGAGAACUGCAGAACUGGCCGGAGCUUCUGCCUAAACUCUGCCUGCUGCUGGACUCUGAGGACUACAACACCUGUGAGGUGAGGAUGCAGGAGCUGGUGACUAUCUGCGAGGACUCUGCUGAGAUCCUGGACAGUGACAUGCUGGACCGACCUCUGAACAUCAUGAUCCCCAAGUUCUUGCAGUUUUUCAAGCACAGCAGUCCUAAGAUCAGGUCUCAUGCCAUUGCCUGUGUCAAUCAGUUCAUCAUCAGCAGGACUCAGGCUCUUAUGCUGCACAUCGACCCUUUCAUUGAGAAUCUGUUUGCGCUGGCAACAGACGAGGAGCCAGAAGUGAGAAAGAAUGUGUGCAGAGCUCUCGUCAUGCUGCUGGAAGUUCGCCUGGACCGUCUCCUGCCACACAUGCAUAACAUCAUAGAGUACAUGCUGCAGAGGACUCAGGACCACGAUGAAAAUGUCGCCUUGGAGGCCUGUGAGUUCUGGCUUACCCUGGCGGAGCAGUCGGUGUGUAAGGAAGUGCUCUGUGGACACCUCUCCCAACUCACGCCGGUGCUUGUCAAUGGGAUGAAGUACUCCGAGAUUGACAUAAUCUUGCUCAAGGGUGACAUUGAGGAAGACGAGGCCAUCCCCGACAAUGAACAAGACAUCAGACCACGCUUCCACCGUUCACGGACAGUCGCCCAGCAGCAUGAGGGUGAUGGGAUUGAGGAAGAGGAAGAUGAGGAUGAUGAACUAGAUGAUGAUGAUACUAUCUCAGAUUGGAACCUGCGUAAGUGCUCAGCAGCAGCGUUGGACGUGUUGGCCAAUGUCUUCCGGAAUGAUCUGUUGCUGCACAUUUUACCCCUGCUCAAAGAACUGCUCUUCCAUCCUGAAUGGGUAGUUAAGGAGUCUGGCAUCCUUGUGCUGGGGGCUAUAGCUGAAGGCUGUAUGCAGGGCAUGAUCCCAUACCUGCCUGAGCUCAUCCCUCAUCUCAUCCAUUGUUUGUCUGAUAAGAAGGCCCUGGUGCGUUCAAUCACAUGCUGGACACUGAGCCGCUACGCCCACUGGGUUGUCAGCCAGCCACCAGAUAUUUACCUGAAGCCUCUAAUGACGGAGCUGCUCAAACGUAUUCUAGACAGCAACAAGCGUGUUCAGGAGGCUGCUUGCAGUGCCUUUGCCACUUUGGAGGAGGAGGCUUGUACAGAGCUGGUGCCCUACCUGGCAUUUAUCCUGGACACUCUGGUGUUUGCUUUCAGCAAGUACCAACACAAAAAUCUGCUCAUUCUUUAUGACGCCAUAGGUACGCUGGCAGACUCGGUGGGACACCAUCUCAAUAAGCCGGAGUACAUCCAAAUGUUGAUGCCUCCACUGAUCCAGAAAUGGAACCAGCUAAAAGAUGAAGACAAAGAUCUUUUCCCUUUAUUAGAAUGUUUGUCAUCAGUAGCCACCGCCCUGCAGAGUGGCUUCCUGCCCUACUGUGAACCUGUGUACCAACGCUGUGUCAACCUGGUCCAGAAGACUCUCGCUCAGGCCAUGCUUCACCAAUCACAGCCAGACCAGUACGAGGCCCCAGACAAAGAUUUCAUGAUUGUGGCUUUGGAUCUUCUUAGUGGACUAGCCGAGGGUUUGGGAGGCACUAUUGAGCAACUGGUUGCUCGUAGCAACAUCCUCACCCUCAUGUACCAGUGCAUGCAGGACAAAAUGCCAGAGGUGCGACAGAGUUCUUUUGCUCUGCUGGGCGAUCUGACAAAAGCUUGUUUCCAGCACGUCAAACCGUGCAUCGCUGAUUUUAUGCCCAUACUGGGUACUAAUUUAAACCCAGAGCUAAUAUCAGUAUGCAACAAUGCAACGUGGGCAAUUGGAGAGAUAUCUAUACAAAUGGGUCCUGAAAUGCGGCCGUAUAUUGCCAUGGUGCUGCACCAGCUGGUGGAGAUCAUUAACAGGCCCAAUACCCCAAAGACGCUGCUGGAGAACACAGCAAUAACAAUUGGUCGUCUUGGUUACGUUUGUCCUCAAGAGGUGGCACCCAUGCUACAGCAGUUUAUAAGACCCUGGUGCACCUCUCUACGAAAUAUAAGAGACAAUGAGGAGAAAGACUCAGCAUUCAGAGGAAUUUGCACUAUGAUCAGUGUAAAUCCAGGAGGGGUAGUGCAGGAUUUUAUAUUCUUCUGUGAUGCAGUGGCCUCAUGGAUAAAUCCAAAGGAUGAUCUCAGAGACAUGUUCUACAAGAUCCUUCAUGGGUUUAAGAACCAGGUGGGAGAGGACAACUGGAGGCGCUUCUCAGAUCAGUUCCCCAUGCCGCUGAAGGAACGGCUGACAACAUUUUACGGGGUCUAACUGUUUCCACAGCAGUGCGCCUCAUCACUGGGGUCAUUCACUGUGGGACACAACAUAGGGAACCUCUUUUACCCAGGGAACACGUUACCCUUUACUUGGGGGAAGGGUCUGCCUGCGAUGGGGAGGGACAGGGGUGCGGACCCCUCUCCAACCUGGUGGACGGGGUGGGAGGGAGGCGGUAGCUGCAGUGCUCAGAGCCCGGGGGGACAGGCACUGACAGAGCAACCUUAUUAUGGGAGGAAAAUUCAUAAAACCACAUCUCAAUCAGAUUUAAUGAAACUCGUCAUGUUUUUUUCUCCGUUUAUUACCUAUACAUUGAGUUUUCUGUCAGAUGAACUACUGAAAAGAAAUGUAAGCAAAAACAGAGAAAGGUUUGCAGAAACACUGUGAAGCAUUUGCUCUUUAAUUUUGGUUGGAAGAGGAGUUUGCACACAUUGAAAGUGUAGCGCAGAAAUCAGUCUUCAGAGCAGAUGCACAUUUCUAAUUUUGUCAGCCAGGUACAUGGCAUCCUACCGAUGGAAUGGAUUUUGUGUUCUUUAAAAAGCCGAGUUGAAAGUUCAUUAAGAGAUAUUUUCUCUAAAUACAAUGAUAACAUAAAGCUAAGGAAUAGCAGCUGAUGUUAGAAUGCAUCAUAUUAUAAUUGUGUAAUGCUGCAUAUCAUAUAUAUACAGUAGUUAUCUGAUUAUUUCAGUGUUCCUAUUCUUUAACAAGGCAGAGGCUGUUAAUUAUGUCACUGGAGAGCACAAGAUUUUCUGUUAAGUACAGCUUUUCUGGGAAUAGGUAGCAUGCUUGUAUCAUUGUGAAAAGUUGGAAGCAGUGAUGUGUGUUGCGUUCAGCAGCUGUCAUUGCCCUGUGAUGAGCUUCUUUUUUUGACCUUGUUGUAAUUAGUCUAAUUACGUUACUUCUGUUUCCUUUACCAGAGAAUUACAGCCGUCUGCUGUAAUGUAGCAUGACUGCGUCUCCACACCAAAUUUUAAAAAUGUGUAAAAAUCUUGGCUGUGAUGUAACAUUGGAGUGAAUCUCCCAGUUUGGUCUUGUGGUGUGAAUGUGAGAUGGACGUCCAUCAGUGAGCAUAUCAAAGCUUUAGAUGCUUACAAUCCUUUAUAUUGUUUAAGCCUUGUGGAAGAAAAAUGAAGGAGAAGCACCACAGGUUAACAUCCUGUGAGUCUGUCGGUAUCUUCGUUUCUUCGACUUCGAUUAUGACGACACAUCUAUGUCUGUGAUUUUUGUGACUUUGGCCGUCAGAACCACGCAAGCCAUCAAAUCGGCGUUGAAUAAUUUCUCAGUGUAAUGACGUUUUGUUACUGGUUGUUUGGCUUCUUGUGCUAAAGCAUGAUCUUGAGGACGACUGUAAUGUUUAGGGUGGUUGUGUUUCGUGGGGUACUUAGAUGCUUUCAUCUUUUGCAUGUUGGUGGCCCCUCACACCCCAACAUAUAGUAGGAAGGGGAUUAUGGGAGGGAGGGGAUCUUCAAGAAUUAAUAAGUAACCACUGAUGUAUUGCAGCACUGGGAUGAUUAUAAUUUCUCCCCAAACUUCACCCCAUAGCUGGAUGUAUAGUUUUCAAAUACUGUGAAGCUAGAACAAUGUUAAUGUCUGUGGUUGUGUUGCGCU